AUGUCGUUUCAAAAACUAGAAAAGAUUGAAGUUGUUGUGAUGGAAGAAGGAAAUCCUCCUGUAAGGCGAUGGGAGGACCUUAAUAUUGAUAUGUUGGUGAAGAUAUUCCAGUCCUUCGACCUUUUCCAGUUAAUCUCUGUAAUUCCUCAAGUUUUUCCUGCUUGGCAAUCGACUUGUUCUGACCAACGUCGUUGGAAAACGCUGGACUUGUCAAUAAUGCAGUCAAAUUUCAUCAGAGUUUCAAUAUCGCCUCAGUUGACUUAUAUUGCCAAGAGGUGUCCACGGCUUAAACGCCUUGUUAUGUCUGCUUGGGAAAAACUAGAAAAGCAAACAAUAUGUAGUGCUUUUCAUGAAUGGAAAGAUGUUGAAUCACUGACGAUGCCUAGUUUAGAAGAACCUGCAUAUGUCAUUGAGAAAAUUGGAAGGAGUUGCAAAAAACUUUCCGAGCUCAAGAUUAUGACUCCCUGCGAUAUACUGUUUGCAUCUGCACUGGUCUCAUUUCUUCCAAACUUGAAAGUGUUGAGUGUGAGGUGUACGAAAUUAUCUAAACCUGCUUUGGUUAUUCUCUUGGAUGGGUUAAAAAAGUUGAAAGUGCUCAACAUAUCGCAUUGCAUAAUUACUGAAGACCUUCCACCACCUGCACCGAUGAAAAUUCUGACCGAGCUUGAUGAAUCCAUUCUGGAAAAAAGUGUCUAA